AUGAAAUGUCAUUGGCUUUGGACGCAAGAAGAUACGAACAAUCUCAUUGACCAGGGAUCAUCCAUCGACUUUUGUGCAAUUCUCCUCCCUUCGUUCCUCGGCCCAGAAAAUCGUCAAACGACUCGGAAGCGGGUGCCCACAUCCACAGGACUCACAUCGCUUUUUGACCUUCCUUCAAAAGAUCCUCCGCCACCCUCACCAACAUAUACCUUCCAUUUUCCCCGUUUCCCAUUCAAACCACGUUCUAUCCUUCCUUCUACAGGUCUCCAGUCCGACUCCUUAAUCCAUAGCAACCUCGGAUAA